AUGGCUGCUCCAAAGCCACAUAUAGCUCACGAGAUUCUCUCUCGUGCGCAUUCGCCAGAUACCUCAGAACAGCUUUUCACCGAGCGCAUCAGACAAAAACCGCUCUUUCUUCGCCCGACAUCCCCCACGCCCGCAGACAAUCGAUCGCGACGACGCCUUCAUCGCAUUCGCAAAAAGGAAUAUUUUUAUCGCAAGCAAAAACCACAGCCUCUCUCAGCACGCGAGAAGCGCAUCUCUGGCAUAUACGACAUCCCCAAGGAAGAAUGCAAGUACGAAAUCUUUAAGGGUCUGCAUGACAUGUGGGUGCAGUACAUGCAGGAACUCUUGGGGAUAGAUGAGCAACAAACUACAGGCAGACCCGCACAUCAGAUAACUCCCUACAGUCACGGCAGUAAACUUGUCAGUGCUGAUUACCAUGGCGCCGAGGUGGAGGUUGUGCGAAGCCGAUGCGCGGGCAGGGUAGGGUCGAAGGGGAUUGUGGUCAGAGACACGAAGUUUACUUUUGUCAUUGUUACGGAAAAGGAUGUUGUCAAGAGUAUGUUCAGUUUUCCUUCUACACCCAUUUACGUGUGUUGUCCCGUCUCUAAUUGCACGUUUGCUUUAGCCAUACCUAAAGAACAGACAGUCUUUCGGUUUACCCUUCCUCCGCCUUCGAAACCAGUGAACGGUGAUGGUAGCGAUGACAAAGCGGACGGAGAACAGCCCAAGAACUUAGUAUUCGAGAUACAUGGUAGUCAAUUUGAGAAUCGUCCGGUUGACCGUGCCAAUAAGAAGUUCAAAUGGAGGAACAUUGACUAUCUCUGA